GACUACACCCACCACACACACAGCAGUACAGAAGACUACACCCACCACACACACAGUACAGAAGACUACACCCACGCGACUGAUAUGGUUACAGUGGUGUCUGAGAAAAAUUCCGGGGGAAGAGUGAGGCGUAAGCUCGAAGACCAGGAAGACGGGGUGAAGCUCGGAGACCUGGAAGACGGGGUGAAGCUUCAGCACGGUGGGAAGAGAAGAGCACUGAGACUUACGCUCAGUGAGCGGAGUCCAACUCUGAGGGAGUCUGAGGCUUCGGCUCCCUCUUCCGUGUCGGUGACUCCGGCUCCCUCCUACUAUACGCAGCCCCAAUUGUUGAAAUGGAAUUAUACUUUCUUGUUUAUAGUCAUCUUCGCCUUUCUUAUAGUGUUUGGUAAUUGGGGAUAUUAUGAGCCAGGGCUCUUCGUAUGGGCCCUGUUCAUCUUGCUCUGCACGCUCGGGUUCACCAGCGGUGUACUUCAACGAUUGGCUGGGCUCGAUGAGACGACGAGGCAGACACCGGCCGACUUCACAUUCUUACCGCUAACGUGUUUGAGCCUUGGCUGCCUCUACACGGCGUGGAAGCGUUUUAAGAUGAAACCGUUACCGUUAAUUGGUGUGGCCGCGUUUCUAAUUUGUCUUUCCUUGAAACCGUUUAUGGUUGCCCUGCCUGAAGUGGUACCUCUCGUAAGGCGAAAACGCAAACCUCGCAAGAAGGGAAAAGGCAAACCUCCGUCAGAAGGCAAACCUUCUUCAGAAGAGAAACCUUCAGAAGGCAAGCCUCCUGCAAAAGGGAAGCCUCCAGAAGGCAAGCCUCCUGCAAAAGGGAAGCCUCCUGCAAAAGGGAAGCCUCCUGCAAAAGGGAAGCCUCCUCCAAAAGGCAAGCCCCCUACAAAAGGGAAGCCUAAAAAAGCCAAGCCUCCUGCAAAAGCCAAGCCUAAAAAAGCCAAGCCUCCUGCAAAAGCCAAGCCUAAAAAAGACAAGCCUCCUGCAAAAGCCAAACCUAAAAAAGACAAGCCUAAAAAAGACAAGCCUAAAAAAGACAAGCCGAAAAAAGACAAGCCGAAAAAAGACAAGCCGAAAAAAGACAAGCCUAAAAAAGACAAGCCGAAAAAAGACAAGCCGAAAAAAGACAAGCCUAAAAAAGACAGGCCUAAGAAAGACAAGCCGAAAAGAGACAAGCCGAAAAGAGACAAGCCUAAAAAAGGCACACCUAAAUCCAAAGACAGAGAAAAAGAUAGCAAGGACAAAGAAAAAGAUAGCAAGGACAAAGAAAAAGAUAGCAAGGACAGAGAAGAUAGCAAGGGCAAAGAAAAAGAUAGCAAGGAGAGAGAAGAAGAUAGCAAGGACAGAGAAGAUAGCAAGGACAAAGAAAAAGAUAGCAAGGAGAGAGAAGAAGAUAGCAAGGACAGAGAAGAAGAUAGCAAGGAGAGAGAAGAAGAUAGCAAGGACAGAGAAGAAGAUCGCAAGGACAGAGAAGAAGAUAGCAAGGACAGAGAAGAAGAUAGCAAGGAGAGAGAAGAAGAUGAAAGUGUCGAGAAAGACGAAGGUGAUGAAAGUGUAGACAAAGACGAAAAAGAUGUCGGCGAAGAUGAAGAGGAUGUCAGCGAAGGCGAAGAAGAUGUCGGUGAAGAUGAAGAAGAUGUCAGCGAAGGCGAAGAAGAUGUCGGCGAAGGCGAAGAUGUCGGCGAAGAUGAAGAAGAUGUCGGCGAAGAUGAAGAAGAUGUCGGCGAAGACGAAGAAGAUGUCGGCGAAGAUGAAGAAGAUGUCGGCGAAGAUGAAGAAGAUGUCGGCGAAGAUGAAGAAGAUGUCGGCGAAGAUGAAGAAGAUGUCGGCGAAGAUGAAGAAGAUGUCGGCGAAGAUGAAGAUGUCGGCGAAGAUGACUACAGCGAAGAUGAUUACGGCGAGGAUGACUUCGACGAAGGCGGCUACGAAGAAGACGAAGACGACUACGGUGAAGAUGACUUCGACGAAGGCGGCUACGAAGAAGACGAAGACGACUACGGUGAAGAUGACUUCGACGAAGGCGACUACGAAGACGAAGACGACUACGGUGAAGAUGACUUCGACGAAGGCGACUACGGCGAAGAUGACUUCGACGAAGGCGAAGAUGACUUCGACGAAGGCGAAGAUGACUUCGACGAAGACGACUACGGUGAAGAUGACUUCGACGAAGGCGAAGAUGACUUCGACGAAGGCGAAGAUGACUUCGACGAAGACGACUACGGUGAAGACGACUUGGACGAAGGCGAAGAUGACUUCGACGAAGGCGAAGAUGACCCCUGGACGAAGACGAUCGAUGGCGAAGAUGACUUCGACGAAGACGACUACGGUGAAGAUGACUUCGACGAAGGCGAAGAUGACUUCGACGAAGGCGAAGAUGACUUCGACGAAGACGACUACGGUGAAGACGACUUGGACGAAGGCGACUACGGUGAAGAUGACUUCGACGAAGGCGAAGAUGACUUCGACGAAGGCGAAGAUGACUUCGACGAAGACGACUACGAUGAAGACGAAGACGACUACGACGAAGACGCCGACGACUAUGACGAAGUCGAAGACGACGACGAAGACGACUACGACGAAGACGACUACGACGAAGACGAAGAAGACGACUACGACGAAGACGAUUACGAAGACGACUACGAAGAAGACGACGAAGACGACUACGAAGACGACUAUGACGAAGAAGACGACUAUGAAGACGAUUACGGCGAAGACGACUACGAAGACGACUAUGACGAAGAAGACGACUAUGAAGACGAUUACGGCGAAGACGACUAUGAAGACGAUUACAGCGAAGACGACUACGACGACAGCAGCGGUAGUACACCUAAUUUAGUCUUCGUGGGGGACUCUGUGAAGAAGCUUUACUAG